GUAAGGCUGGAAGGUCAGUUCCGAAUGAAACGUUACGGAGAGUGGCCGUUCCUGCGUUACGUCUGUACAGUGGGUCAACGUUCGCGACACGGGGCAGUGUAUGAUGCCGCUUCUUCGUGAUACCCACAGGUUAUGCGUGCAGAUUAUGCUGCGAUGAAAAAUUGUUACAAUAAAUAACCGGCUUUAGGGCGUGAAAGCAGUGUGAAAAAUAACGCCCAAUCAAGAACACGCGUUAGAGUGGUAUUGGUUUUUUUUGUUUUGAGUUGUUCUGUGCGAGAUCGUCAAAAGUGAAAUUAAAUUAACAUUGAGUGAAACAAUAUGAUCCUUCUGUCAAGCGAGAUAAUGUGUCAGCGGGGGAAAAGUAUGAGAAUUAUUAAAGUGAAUUGAACUCCCCACAGACAUGGUGGAAAGUGCGCUGUAAGUGUGGUGCAAGACGUCACAAAACGUGCGUUUGAUAUAACUGUCCGGUGCAAUCCUGGUUGAAAACGAUGGAAAUCCGGUACCAUCUUUAAGCGAAACCAUGCGGAUAAGAGAAACGAUUUUGUGAUGACAUCGUUGCGCUGCUUCAAACAUCAAUGCAACAGUGUCGCACUCGCGACCAUUGUAUUACUGCUGACGAUGAUGAUUGAUGUACGAGAGCAGACGAUGCUGACGGAGCAUCCACCCACCACGGAGGAGGAUCUACACUAUUCUAAACAAAUCACCUCAAACAGUAGAAUCCAAUCUCCGACAAUGUCAUCGGUGCCACCGACAACGCCACCGUCCCUGCAAUCGAGCCCCAGCCCGCAGCCGACGUCAACCGCCUUUUGGUCGGAGAUGUCUUCGUCAUCAGCGACUCUGCCGGUGACACCGUUGCAUAUGGCGGCCGUGCCGUUGCCGUCAUCGUUGACGGUGUCGGCUGAAAGUCUAAUCCGAGAUGUGACAUCGGCAGUAACGGACGCGUCAACACAUUCGCUCCCGGAGGCGGUCGCCAUGCACGGAGCGGACCCGGGACCGAUGGUGACGACGCACACCGCCCCAUCCAGUGCACGGGCAAGCCCCAGCGGCACACUGCUAGGCGGUGUCUCCAGCGAUUCAGCCUCAACGGCCGCACAGUACGGUGGCAGUAAUGCGUACAACAAAUACACGACCUUUCGACCAUUACUAAUACCUACAUUACCUGAUGUGCGGCGUAGUCGAAUUGUUCAUUCGAUGCCUUAUCAAAGCAAGCAUCAUCACGAGCGUCACUGGGGUCCUUUUUUCGAGGAACCGGUCAACGUGACUUCCGGGGCGGCCUUGCAGGUUGGAUAUCAUUUAUCAACGGAGGCUAUCCUCAACUGUAGGGUAGGCAUGCUUAAAGAUAAAACGGUGAUGUGGAUCCGACGAACCACCGAUAAGGUAUCGUUGCUCACCGUUGGCAAUAAUACGUACAGCGGGGACCCGAGGAUAAAGGUCAAAUUUCAAUAUCCCAACAAUUGGAGGCUACAUAUCAACCCGAUCAAAUCCGACGACGCCGGCCUGUACAUGUGCCAGGUGUCGACGCAUCCGCCACGGGUGUUCGCAACGAAUCUGACCGUCUUAGAGCCCGCUGUAAGAAUAGUGGACGAGAUGGGGUACGAGUUCUCCGAUCGGUACUAUAAACUAGGCAGCACCAUCGAGAUAUCGUGCCAAGUGUCGACGUCCUAUCUGGCUACCCUUCCACCCAGCCCCAAGUCGGCUGGCCAACAACAACGCUCGAAGACUUCCCCCGUCGGUGCACCGGCAAACACGUUGGACGAGACGGCGAAAACAGGCUCCAAAGCCACUAAAGACGAUAACAAACUGUCCGACUCGACGGAAAGAGGGUUGAUUAGCUGGACCAAGGAUGGCGCCGAGCUGCCGAAGGAUGUCAAGAUGAGUUUUAGUGGCACCAAGCAGUGGCUCAUCAGCCGGAUAUCGAUUCUGCAGGCAAAUCGUGUCCACAAUGGCGUCUACAACUGCACCGUCGCCGGCAAGCAGAGCCAGGCGGCCCAGGUUCAGGUCCUGAACGGUGAAACUCCGGCCGCUGUGCAGCAUAAUUUUGGCCAUCGCAAAGAGGCGACCGGGCUGGUCGGUCUUCACUGCACGGUAGUGGCAAUAAUCUGGUGCACUUUGCAGAAUUUGGGCCCGUUGCAUGUGUACUGUUAAUCGUGCUCUCGCUACUCAACAGUCGUGGUUUUACUCCGGGGCAGGUAUUCGACAUACCAAAGGGAAAAGAUACAGACUACAUAGCAACCAACAUAACUCACACCACAGUUAAUUCUGGUUAACAGAACCGGUGUGUGUGCGUGUGUGUUUG